AUUAAAAAGAAUAGGAAGAGAACAUGGAAUGACCCGGAUGGACCUUGGGAAUUCCCAGUGGUUGGUAGUCUGCCAUACUUGACGGAUAAGCCUCAUAUUGCUUUGACCACAAUGUCCAAACGUUAUGGCCGAGUGUUUAGAUGUUAUCUUGGUAGUUAUUAUUCUAUAAUACUUAGUGAUCCAAAGAUAAUACGAGAGGUAUGGCAUAAACAUUUUGAAUGCUUCUCUGAUCGACCGGAGUUGCCAGCAUUCAAAUAUUUCAGUGGCAACUAUCUCAAUCUAUCUGUAUCAAGGUAUCAAAGAUGGAAGCCCAACAGACACCUUGUUGGAUCCGCCUUCACAAGGACAAAGUUAAAGACAUUAUAUAAUGUGAUUGAUCAACAAUGUAGUAAUUUGAUCAAUUUGAUGACCCAAUAUAGCGAGUCGGGUCAAUCAUUCAAACCAUCCGAUCACAUCAUGAAGUUUACUUUGAAUACUACAAUGAUGGUAGUAUGUAGUGAACAAAUGUCUUAUGUUGACUGUGACUCUACAUCAUCUGGAAGAUUAUCAAGUAUAAUUGGACCAAUUCAAGAUAUAUUUGAUCACUGUAUGGGUAGUCCAGGUGACUUUAUCAAAAUCAUAUCACCAUUCUACUACCUCUACCUCAAGUAUGGCCCCUCUAAGAACCUCUACCUUAUCUACAACUUUAUCAAACAAGUUUACCAAGAGCAUCUUAAAGAUCUU